AUCGAAAUGGCACGUACAAAGCAAACUGCUCGUAAAUCGACUGGAGGUAAGGCUCCACGCAAACAACUGGCAACAAAGGCUGCUCGUAAAAGUGCUCCGGCGACCGGUGGUGUGAAAAAACCUCAUCGCUAUAGGCCUGGAACCGUUGCGCUGCGAGAAAUUCGUCGUUAUCAGAAAAGUACUGAAUUGUUAAUCAGAAAAUUACCAUUCCAACGGCUCGUACGAGAAAUCGCUCAAGAUUUCAAGACUGACCUCCGUUUCCAAAGCUCAGCUGUGAUGGCCCUUCAAGAAGCCAGCGAAGCUUACUUGGUUGGACUAUUCGAAGACACAAAUUUGUGCGCCAUUCACGCCAAACGCAUCACCAUUAUGCCUAAAGACAUUCAACUGGCUCGUCGUAUUCGUGGUGAACGUGCUUAA